AUGGUUUAAAGGUUUAAAGUGAACAUUGAACGGCAGUGCAACUGAAUUUUCGAGAAAGAAUCUUUGACAUCAAUAAUUUUCAAACGUAGUCAUUCUUGGCUUAAUAAUGCCAGGAAAUAAGCAGAGAACUAGGUACAGAAGAAAGAGGACUGGCGUUUUUACUGGUAAAAGGACGCAAGAUGUUUUAUCCGAGGAAAUUGGUGGCCAUGUUGCAUUAGGCCAUACGACACCUUCCAAUGCAGCUCUAGCCCAUUCACCACCAAAGAAAAACAGAUCCGAAGAAAAAAUAAAUGAGAACUGUCCUUUGAUUAUUAAACAAAACGAGGCAGUGGUAACCAGAAGAAAAGCACUGGACCUUGGUAUGCAUUCUCAAGGAAAAACAACCGUACAAAGUUAUGGAAACCAUGUCGUAUCCAGUUCUUGUUUAGAGGAAGGAUUUUUAUCAGCUGUUGUUUGUGCCAGCUGUCGAAGCCCGAAAGGGAAACUCGUUUUAAUGCAAGAUAACAGCAAAAGAAUUGGGUUGCAUGAAACUUUUUCUUUAAAAUGUAGCAACUGCAAUGAAGAAUCUACAUUUGAAACUGGAAACAGGGUACACAAUGGGCGUACCGAAGUAAAUGUGCGUUUCAUUCAGGCCGGUUUGCUAACAGGGAUUGGUCUGACGGGCCUGCAGAAGUUUUGCAGUACUCUGGAUUUACCAUCACCAGUUUCUUCUAAGGCUUAUAAUGCAACAGUCAAAGAAAUUCAGAUGUCUGUUGACAAAGAAUGUCAAAAAUCUCUAGAAAGUGCUUCAUUAAAGUUAAAGAAAUUAAUGAAAGCUUCUGACCCAAACUGUUCUGGUCUCAAUGUUAAAGAAGACAUUUUUCCUGUCACAGUGUCAGUUGAUGGUACAUGGCAGAAAAGAUAUGGUUUUUCUUCUCUACUUGGUGUGUUAUUUGUCAUCUCCAUGGAUACUGGAGAAGUCCUAGACUAUGAGGUGAAAUCCAAAGUCUGCUUUCAAUGUCGUUCUAGAAAUUUGUGGCCUAGAGACUCCAAAAAGUAUUUAGAUUGGUACAAAAGUCAUAAACCUUUCUGCAGUAUAAAUCAUACACAGUCUGCUGAGGCAAUGGAGAAAGAGGCAGCUGUGGACAUAUUUAGAAGGUCCAUCUCCAAACUGGGUUUGAAAUACACAACUUAUGUUGGGGAUGGUGACUCUUCUUCCUUUGGUGAAGUGUCAGAUGCUAUGUUCAAACAGUUUGGAGAAGAGUAUCUUGUUUUAAAGGAAGAUUGUGUUGGCCACAUACAGAAGCGUAUGGGUACAAACCUGCGCAAGUAUAAAACACAAAAAAAAGGAUCAAAACUUGCAGAUGGCUCUUCAGUUGGUGGACGAGGGAGGCUCACAGAUGCUGUAAUUGAUGGAUUCCAGAAUUAUUAUGGUAAUGCCAUUAGACAACAUUCCCAAGAUAUGAAUGCCAUGCAAGAUGCUGUUUGGGCCAUCUUUUAUCACAGUAUUCUUGGCAAGAAUGAGACCUUUGUGCAACAGCAUAGGUUUUGUCCAAAGGGUCAAGACUCAUGGUGUAAGUUCCAAUGUGAUUUGGCUACAAAGACAAACACUUAUUCAGAUAAAAAAUGUCUGCCAUCAGUUUUUAGGGAGGAGCUGAGACCAAUUUUUUAGAGAUUGAGCAGCAAAACACUACUGCAAAGAUGCCUAAAAGGUUUUACCCAGAACCAAAAUGAAGCCCUCAAUAAUACACUAUGGGCCAAAUGCCCAAAACGUGUUUUUGUUGGCAAAACAAAACUUGAGAAUGCAGUUGGGGCAGCAGUUUUGUUAUGGAACAGGGGAGCUGCUAGUAUGGGUUCUGUCUUAGAAAGGGUUGGAGUGCAAGAAUUGGGUUGGAAUACAGCAGCUGGCUAUAGAUCAGAGAACAAGGCUCGGAUUGAAAGCAUGGCUGUUAAAUGCAGCAGCAGUUAUAGAAAAAGACGGAAGCAGCUUCGUCAGGAGAGGAAAAAAAGAAAUGUCAUUGGUGUUUCCUACAUGUCAGGUGGUUUUGUUGUUGGCAAAACUGCAGAAACAAAAAGAAAAUGUUCAACAAGUGUUACACCAAAAGAGUCUGACAAAGUCAACAAAGAGGGUGACAUUAUUAACAUUUGUUUUGUUGACGAGUCGGAUGUUAUCGUAAAAAUGCAUGAGAAAAGAGGGAAGCAAAAGAAAUUAUAUUCAUCAAAAUAAAGGUAUAGACCCAUUUUUAAGACAAGGACAUAUAUAUUUGAGUUGAUUUUAUCAGACUAACUAAUAUUGAUAGUAGAUAGAUUCAUUUGUUGAGCAAAAACAACUUUAACAGUCUCAGACCAAGGUACCUUUCAUGUGGAAAACUUUAAAUGUUUUUUUCUCAAAACAUCAUUUUCCGCAUUCAAGAAAGGAUAUCUUAUAAAAGGUAUGUCAGAAAGUGAUGGUUUUUGGAGAGUAUAUGUAAUUUACCAUAAGUACUGAUAUGAGCAGAGGAAAUUUGAAAAUUUUAUGCUAGCACAUUAUUACAGCGAAAAAACACUUUUUUGUUGUUUCCAUGGUAACAGUUGCUAUGACAGCAAUGUAAUCUGCUCAUAUCAAUCUUCUUCAGCAAAGAGUUAUUUUGUACCAAUACCAGCCUCUUUUGAAUCCCAGAACUAGAGAUAUCUUUUCUCAAAGUUUUCCUAUUGUUUUAGUUUCCAUAGUGAUAGCUACCAUAUUUGAAUUUUCAGAAAUUUUAGUUUUAGUUGGAUUCCUUGAGAAAGAUAUGUAAAUUGGAAUUUUGUUCUUUAUUCUCCUUUUCUACCUUGUUUUACAAUGAAAAACUCAAUUUCUUCAAGUGAGGUCUAUGUUUAAUAUGGUGGUAUACAUCCACCUUAAGUGGU